UCUAACAUCACACACACAUUACACACACACACACACACACCAGUAUGCUUCACCAUGUUAAACCCUCGGUCAAUCCAUCACACAUUCUUCGCAAUCUCGCCAUCCGAUUUCAUCAAAUUCGCGCGAUAUCCAACCGUUCUUCGUUCAAAAACCGACACAUUGAAGACAACAAUGUGGACACUAAUUAUACUCGAAAAAGAAAGGAUAACCAAGAAGAAGAAGAAGAAGAACGUUUACAGUUACACAAAAGCAAGGGACAACAUCUUUUAACUAACCCAAGAAUACUCGAUUCCAUUGUUAAAAACUCGGGUGUUGGGCCUGAAGACACGGUUCUUGAAAUUGGUCCUGGCACUGGAAAUCUCACCAUGAAACUUCUUGAAAUUGCUCGUAAGGUUGUUGCAGUGGAGCUUGAUACUCGUAUGGUGGAUGUUCUUCAUAAACGUGUUUCUGAUCAUCGGUUUCGCGAUAAUUUGACGAUCAUAUGUAAGGAUGCAUUGAAGGUGGAUUUUCCAGAUUUUGAUCUUGUGGUGGCUAAUAUUCCUUAUGGGAUAUCGUCGCCUUUAGUGGCUAAGUUGGUGUUUGGGGGGUAUAAGUUUCGUAGUGCAACUCUUCUCUUUCAAAAGGAGUUUGCUACUCGGUUGUUGGCUAAUCCUGGUGACUCAGAGUAUAAUAGAUUGGCUGUCAAUGUGAAGUUGGUUGCGGAUGUUGAGCAUGUUAUGAAUGUAAGCAAAAGAGAUUUUGUGCCUACACCAAAAGUUGACUCGUCUGUUGUUAAUAUCCGUUUGAAAAAUGAAGUGCCGGAUGUUGAUCUUAAUGAGUGGUGGGCUUUUACCAAGACGUGCUUUGGCAAGAAGAACAAAACAUUGGGUGCGACUUUUAGACAGAAGAAAAAGGCUGCAGAGUUGUUAAGUUUGUCAAAAGUUACAAAAGUUGAUGAAGAUGUAGCGCAAGAUGAUGCUUGGCAUAUAAGUGACAAUGAGGACGGGGACGGGGAUGAAGAUGAGGACAAGGAAGAUGAAGGCAACUUACUAGGAACAGAAGCGAACUUGUUUAAGGAAAAGCUCAUUGGGAUUCUUAGAACUGCAGGGCUUGAGGACAAAAGACCAUCAAAACUAUCGAAUAAGGAAUUGUUACAUUUGUUAUCUUUGUUUAAUAAUGAAGGAAUAUGCUUCCAUGAUCAAGAAAAGCCUCUGGAUAUUAAUGCCUCGUUUGCUGCCUCAUAGAGAUUCUAGAAGAUAUUCAGGAAUACAAAUCUGGCCGCAGUUCAAAUGGAUUGGUUUGUAAAUCCCUUGAGCCUUAGAGUCCACGCCGACUCUUUCAAGUAUGAGUAAAAUGUAUGUGUCCGUAAACUUGAAAAUGUAGGGAAAUGAUAGAUGUGUUUAAUUGGGGUGGCUAAAAGUAUGUCUAUAAAGGUGAUCAGGUAAAAUGGUAAAGGUUAAAUGUGAAAAUUGAGAAAUGGAAAAAGUAGAAUC